CAUUGACAGUCGUGAUGAUAUUACUUCGACGACAAUGGAGGACACGGUGACCUUUGCGCAGCCCUAUCGCUCGCAUUCGUUCCCUGCUGGUAAACACACUUUUACGGUAGACCAGCGUUACAGCCUCAUACGAACAGUUGGCUCGGGUGCGUAUGGUGUGGUAAUCUCCGCCAAAGAUGCCGUUACUGAUGUAGACGUUGCCAUCAAAAUGGUACCCAAGGCAUUUUCCGACGAGAUCGAUGCUAAGCGGAUUUUAAGAGAGAUAAAACUGCUCAAGCAUUUUCGACACGAAAACAUUGUUCGAAUUGUUGACAUGAUGCCACCCUCUGUUCCGUACCUGGAAGACUUUUCCAACGUUUACAUUGUUGCUGAUCUAAUGGAAACAGACCUGCAUCGGAUCAUAUAUUCCAAACAAAAGCUUUCCAUCGACCAUGUACAGUAUUUUAUUUACCAGGUUUUACGCGGUCUCAAGUACAUUCAUUCUUGCAAAGUCCUACACCGCGAUCUCAAGCCAUCCAACCUUUUGGUCAACUCAAACUGUGACCUUAAAAUCUGCGACUUUGGACUUGCUCGCGGCAUUCACGAUCCAGAGGAAGGUCGGGGUGGUACAAUGAUGUUGACAGAAUAUGUCGUAACGAGAUGGUACCGGGCUCCCGAGAUCAUGCUUGCUUGUCACGAGUACUCAUACCCAAUCGAUGUUUGGAGCGUUGGCUGUAUCUUUGCUGAGUUAAUUCUUCGAAAGCCUUUCUUUCCCGGCGACGACUACAUUGAUCAGCUGACAAUCAUUGCUAGAAAGCUUGGCAAACUCCCCGACUCUGAUCUGGACUUCGUUACGUCGGACAAGGCCAAACGUUUUAUGAGAAAGCUCCCAAGCACGACUCCAGUAUCCUUGUCGGAGCAGUUCCCUGGAACGUCGCCAGAACCUUUGGAUGCAAUGCACAAGAUGAUGGAUAUCCACCCACGGAGACGAUCAACUGUUGAGCAAGCUCUAAAGCACACUUUUUUUGAACCGCUUCACAACCCGGAGGAUGAACCUGUGUCAUCGAGGCCUUUCGACUUUUCGUUUGAAAAGGAAAAGCUUCGUCGUAUCCGUCUCCAAGAACUGAUCUGGGAAGAGGUAGGUGACUUCCGGCCGUCUUCACUUCCGGUGGCGCCCCGCCGAAAUGCAGACCCGUAA